AUGUACUACGUCAAGAGGGCCAUAUACGGACCGGAUCCGAAAGAACAGAAACAGAAAUGUAAUGCUCUGAUUCGGAAGAACCAGCGAGAGAUCGAUAAACAGCUGACGUCGCUGAACUCGCUGGAGAUCAAGUCCAAAUCCAUGAUCAAAGCCGCUGCUAAACGUAAUGACAUGAAAUCGGCACGAAUGCUCGCCAAAGAAGUGUAUAAUAUCAAGGGCCAGCGGUCACGACUGCACAAAUCCAAAGCCCAACUUAAUUCAGUGUCAUUACAAGUGAACGAGGCAUUUGCCAUUCAGAAAUUAGAAGGAAGCAUGAAAUCCAGUACAGGACUCAUGAAAGAAGUUAACAGUCUUGUACGACUGCCUGAACUCAUGGGGACCAUGUCGGAACUGAGUCGAGAGCUCAUGAAAUCCGGUAUCAUUGACGAAAUGGUUACUGAUACUCUUGACACCAUGGACGAGGCAGAGUUUCUCGAGGACAGCGAGGCCGAGGAAGAAGUCAAUGCCAUUCUCGACGAGAUCAUUGGCGGAAAAGUACAACAAGCAGGCCAAGUGCCUACCAAACUUCCCCAACAACUGGAACAGCCCGUUCUCGAGGAACCCGACGAGGAGGACGACGAGCACAACGAGGCUCUUCUCGACAGCAUGCGCCAGCGUCUCAAGGCCCUUCAAAGCUAG